UGCUUCUAUGAAUAGUGUAAUACUUCCGCCACCACCUCAAUGUUUUGAAGGACAUGAUUUGAAAAAGAAAUAUCACAGAGGGGAUUGGUAUUGUGAUGUGUGUGGAAAAGAUAGUAAUUCUACGGUAUCCCAAUAUCAUUGUGAACUUUGCAAUUUUGACGCUUGCCCUAGCCAUUGCAAGUCUGGAGAAGAAUGCAAGCCUGAGAGUACUUGUCGAAGUCGUCACCCUCUCCGUUAUACACAAACAUCAGGAAUGUGGAUGUGUGAUGAAUGUGGAAAGUAUUAUUAUGGAAGACGUUUAGAUAUUAUAAAAGCUUACGUUAAAUUUCAAGUAAAAUUUCUUCAUUAA